AUGACACAACGUCUGGGGUAUAAAAAGAGCGAACCACUCCUUCCAAGCUUACUCCCCGUCUGGUGGUAGCUGUUCUGUUCUCGUAUUCAGGAGGACAGGGGGCUGAGGAUGGCGUCGUUAGUAGAAACGGCAGACACCGAGCCUACUUGUAGUGGCAAUUUGAUAUCUUCUCCUUCAUCUUCAAGCCUUUCUCACCGGUUUCUCGACAAUAAAUUCUAUCUCCUUGUGGUUAUCGGAGAAAUUGUUAGCGAGGAUCACCUGAGAUGUGCCAUUGCAGAUAUAGAAAGAGGAAUCCGCUCAUGGGACACCAAUCUCAUUGAGUGCAAUUUAGAUCAAGAACUCAAGCUCUUCGUUUCACGUCACUCUGCAAGGUUUUCACCUGAUGUCAGAGGUCAAAAAAUCCUACACCACAAAAGCAAUGUUCUGGAAACUGUUGUUCUCAUCAAUCCCUCAGAUGAUGCAGUCAGCACUGAGGUUCGCUUGAUGAUCACAGAUACUGCCAGACACAAGCUGCUUGUAUUGUCAGGACAAUGCUUUGAAAAUACUGGGGAGCUGAUUCUGCAAGCUGGGUCUUUCUCAUUCCUGAACUUCAUAGACAUCUUUACAGAUCAGGAGAUUGGUGAAUUGCUUAGCACCAUACAUCCUGCCAACAAAGCAAGUCUUACUUUGUUCUGCCCUGAAGAAGGGGACUGGAAAAACUCAAAUCUAGACAAACAUAAUCUACAAGACUUCAUUAACAUGAAGCUGAACUCUCCCUUGAUACUUCCAGAAAUGGAAGGCCUUUCGGAGUUCACAGAGUACCUGUCUGAGUCUGUAGAGAUCUCAUCACCAUUUGACAUGCUUGAGCCCCCAACCUCUGGAGGAUUUUUAAAGCUCUCCAAGCCAUGCUGCUACAUCUUUCCAGGUGGCAGAGGAGAUUCUGCAUUGUUUGCAGUUAAUGGAUUCAACAUGCUCAUCAACGGAGGCUCAAAUCGCAAGUCCUGUUUCUGGAAACUUGUCAGACAUUUGGACAGAGUGGACUCCAUUCUCCUGACUCAUAUUGGAGAUGAUAACCUCCCUGGGAUCAACAGCAUGCUUCAGCGCAAAAUAGCAGAGCUGGAAGAAGAACAGUCGCAGGGUUCUACUGCAAACAGUGACUGGAUGAAAAAUCUCAUAUCACCUGACCUUGGAGUUGUAUUUCUUAAUGUCCCUGAAAACCUCAAAAACCCAGAGCCUAAUUACAGGGUGAGAAGAAAUAUUGAGGAAGCAUCUCUUACAUUGCAGUACCUGAACAAAUUGUCAUUAAAACCAGAGCCUCUUUACAGAACUGCCGGGAAUGACAUAGAGCCUAUCAUAUUAUUUCAGAAAAUGGGAGUUGGUCGAUUAGAGAUGUAUGUGUUAAACCCCAUUAAAAACAGCAAAGAGCUCCAGUAUUUUAUGAAACAAUGGACUGGUAGUGAACAAGACAAAGCUACUGUGUUGCUUCCAAAUGGAAAAGAAUCUGAGGUCCCAAUAUCCUAUCUAACCUCUAUUUCAUCUUUAAUAGUAUGGCAUCCUGCUAAUCCAUCUGACAAGAUAGUCCGUGUUCUGUUUCCUGGCAAUGCAUCACAACACGGUAUACUGGAAGGUCUGGAAAAGCUUAAACAUCUGGACUUCCUGAAACAGCCAGUAGUAACCCAGAAAGAGUUGUCUGAAAACUUUGCACCAGGGUUGAAGCAAGCUAAAUUGAAGCAGAAGAGUGACAGCAAGGAGAGUCUAAAAUCAACUUCAAGGCCUCCAUCAAGCAAAGGGAUUAGGAAAGAAUCAAGGGAAGAGGCCUCAGAGACAGCAAAAGUUGACACUGACAUACCACAAGAAAAGGUGCAAAAAACAGAGAAAAAGGAAAAGCCUCCUGUGAAAAAAGAGAAAGCAAAGCCUCAAGCAACAGAGAAAGAAGUCAAAGCCAAGCCAGAGCAGACCGUUAAAGUGGAAACACCAGAGAAGCAAAAACCUGAAGCAAAACCAAAAACAACAAAAGAAAAGGCUGUUAAAAAAGAGGCCAAGGUCCAAAAACCUGAUGAAAAGAAAAAAGAGGAAAAAGAACCAAAGAAGGAAGCAGUAAAGAAAGAGGUUGCUAAGAAAGAUGUUAAAAAGGAGGAAAAGGUAAAAAAGGAAGAAGUGAAAAAAGAGAUUAAAAAAGAACCAAAGAAAGAAGGAAAAAAAGAUGUGAAAAAAGAUUCUCCAAUGAGGGAAGUAAAAAAAGAAGAAAAGAAAGAACAAAAGAAAGAAGAAAAGGAUGUGAAAAAGGACAUAAAGAAACCAUCUAAGGAUAUAAAGAAAACCGCAGCACCUCAGGUUGAAGCCAAAAAGCCUGUGCCAAAACAAAAAGUGCAAAAAAAAGAGGAAUUAUCAAAGAAAGAUGUUGGAAGUCCUGGGAAACAAAAAGAAAAGGUAAAGGGUAAAGGGGCCCAGAAGGAUGCUAAACCAAGUGUAACUAACAUUGCUGCUGCUGCUGCAGGAGCAGUGGUAGGAGCAGCAGCAGCUACUGGCAUUGCAGCUCUUGAAGCUGAACGGUCCCUGAUGUCUUCUCCGGAGGAUCUCACAAAGGACUUUGAGCAGCUCAAAGCUGAAGAAAUUGUAGAAGAUACUGAAACUGUGCCUCAAACUGAACAGAAAGAAGAAGAGUCAGUUCUCAUGAUACAACAGGAGGAAAUAGUUCUCUGUAAAGAGUCCCCUGAAGUUGAGGAGCCUGCUGAAUCACUGGAUGAAGGGAUAAUGACCACUGAAGCUGAUGGAGAAUGCGGAGAGACCCCAGAUGAACUUGAACCCAAAGAUAAAAUUAAUGUUGAUGUUAAUGAGAAAUUUGAAGAUGAAGGUACAGGUUUUGAAGAAUCAUCAGAAGCUGGAGACUUUGAGGAGAAAGGGGAGACAGAAGAAGUGGAAGAACAAGAAGAGCCUGUGGAAAGGACAGACAAGCUUCAGGAGAGUGUGGUAGACACUGAAGAAGAGGAGCUACUUGAAAGAAAUAAACAACCCAAAGUUGAACAGAUGUUAAGUGAUCAAGCUUCAAAGGGCAUAAAGCCUGUGGGAGAUGGGGAAGAUUUAGAAGAAACAAUUGAAAAAGAGGAACCAAAGGAAGAAGAGGAUGAACAGAUCACCACUGCAAAAGAUGAAAAAGACAAAGAUGAAGAUGAUGAUGAGAGAGAAAUUGAAUUUGAUGAGACAGUGGAGAAGCGGAGCUUACCUGCUGCAACACCACCCAAAAUGUCUGCACCUCAGUCUCCAGCUGUUGAGCAUUUAUCUAUUCAUGAUGAAACACUUCCAGCUGGUUCUGAAAGUGAAACUACAGUAUCUGAUGAAGAGAACCGUGAAGAACCUCCAGAGGAAUUUACAGCCACAUCAGGCUACACACAAUCUACCAUUGAAAUCUCCAGUGAGCCAACACCAAUGGAUGAAAUGUCAACACCAAGAGAUAUUAUGAGUGAUGAGACCACCAAUGAGGAAACAGAAUCACCUUCUCAGGAGUUUGUAAAGUAUGUAUCAACAGCACAGACUGGUGACUAUGACAGAAGUAAGCUCUUCCCUCUUCCUGAUAGUUACAACGCUUUAACAUCAGAUCAUUCAAAGAGUGAUGCCACUGAAGGGAAGGACUAUUAUGCAUCAGCCUCCACCAUAUCGCCGCCAUCAUCAAUGGAAGAAGACAAAUUUUGCCAAAAAUUUGCAAGCGAAGUAACCACUCCCAAAGAAGAAGAAGGCGGUUACCGAUUAAACCUGGAAACCCCGGAUAAGCUCACUCUUGACACAAAAAUUAGCCCAGCUCCAGUCUCACCUCCAACAAAAACACCAACUAGUGAACGCAGUGUUAAUUUUGACCUGACUCCAACAUCAAUCACUGCACCAAUUGAGUUGGGAACAGCUCUUUCCGAAGUUGCCAGUGCAGUGGUUGAACAGUCGGCUAGUCCAGAUGAUAAAACUUUAGAAGGGGCUUCCUCCUCACAGUCGGCUCCUGGAAGUGCGGGUCACACACCUUACCACCAGUCCCCUGUGGAUGAAAAGACAAGCUCUCUACCAUCUGACAGUGCUGCAAAAGCUCAUAGUCCAGUAACAAUAGAAAUCACAACUGACAAAAAAGAGCCUUCUGACUUCAGAGUCAGUCCUAUGGAUGAGCCUGUGCCAGAUUCUGCCUCACCUUUUGAGAAGGUAUUGUCUCCUCUUCGUAGCCCACCACCCAUAGGAUCUGGAUCUUCAACAGAAAGAUCUCCAAAUGCAGAAACAAAGUCACACUUUGACUUAAGUCCAAUGGGUGAAUACCCUUCGGCUGAAACUGUCAUAGAUAAGGAGAAAUCAUCAGAACAUGACUUGCAACAAAGUAAAGAAUGUUUUAGACUGGAGCACACUUUACAAGACAGAGCAGAGAGUGCAAUGAAAGCCACAUCUGAUCUGUCCCCUGUGUUAGUUGACACAAGCCAGUUUGGAUCUUUUAAGGAGGAAAGCAAGAUGUCUAUCUCGGAAGGAACCACAUCAGACAAGUCAGCCACUCCAGUUGAUGAAGUUGUAGCAGAGGAUACAUUUUCUCAUAUAGAAGGAGUAGCAUCUGCCUCUACAGCCUCUCUUGCUACCAGUUCAUUUCCAGAACCAACAGCAGAUGAUGUCUCACCCUCAUUACAUGCUGAAGUGGGCUCUCCACACUCAACUGAGGUUGAUGACUCUCUGUCUGUAUCUGUGGUCCAGACCCCAACAGCAUUUCAGGAAACAGAGAUGUCUCCCUCUAAAGAGGAGUGCCCAAGGCCAAUGUCAAUUUCCCCAGACUUUUCACCUAAAACUGCAAAAUCAAGUACACCUGUACAGGAGCCAAAAUCCCCUGAACAGUCUACUAUGUCAGUAGAAUUUGGACAGGAGUCCCCUGAUCAUUCUUUAGCCCUAGAUUUCAGCAAACAAUCCCCAGAACAUCCAGCAGUCAGUGCAAAUCUGCACAUUACUGAGAACGGACCAACAGAAGUCGAAUACAGUCCUUCCGACAUGCCAGAUUCCAGUUAUGCAGAACGAUGCAUGUCUGCAGUAGAGAAACCCAUACUAUUCAAGGAUAUUGAUUCUGCACAGAUUACUUCAAUUUCUCCAACAGACGCAUCUCAGUCAACCCCAUCUGCUCACACUCCUUCACAAUCCACUUCUCCUUUGAAAGAGGAAUAUGCUGCAAGGGCCACAGAGCCCAGUGAUGUUACAUCCCUGGGCUUUGGUAGCUCAGCAUCCCCAGAGAGUCUGACUCUAAAAGUUGAAGAACAUUCACAGCUGCAAGAUAAAUCUCCUGUAACUCCCAAACUAUCUUCUCUCACCCAUUCCCCACUUUCCUCUGACUCAUCACUGGUUUUAGGAAGUUCUGUGGCACCUGACAACAUCUCAUUAAAGACUGGGGAAUCUAUGCAAAGGCAAGAAAAGUCUCCUUCAAGUCCAAAAGCAAGCUCUUCUUCUUCCUCACCCUUACCAUCUGAUUCAGUAUUUGGCAUUGGAAGCUCAUUGGAACAGGAAUCCAUUUUAUUUAAAGCUGGUGAAUUCAAACAAGAAGAGGAAAAAUCGCUCAUUUCUCCAAAGCCAACAUCACCUUCGGUGUCACCUCUUUCCUCAUAUUCAUUCCCCCUGGACACUUUAAAGGGAACCGAAAAACUAUUAAGUAAAGCAGAGGAACUUGAACAGGAUCAGGUGAAAUCUCCAGUCUCUCCUAAGACUGCUUCUCCUGCAUAUUCCCCAGUUUCCUCUGAUUCUUCAAACAUCAUAGAAAGUUCAUCAAUACCAGACAGUAUGCUUUUGAAAUCUGAGGAAACUUCACAUCAAGAAAUCAAAUCCCCAGUCAGUCCUAAAGCAGCAUCUCCUACAAUUCCAUCCCUAUCCUCUUAUUCAUCUGGCUUUCAAGAUACACUGACUGCUACAUCAGUGUCAUCAUCGGCAGCUUAUUUACUAGGACAAGAAUCUAGCAUGUUUUACCGCGAAGAGUUGCAGAGCCAUAAAUCAGUAGUAGAAUCUGAAAAAAGAGAACAAGACAGUGUGAAAUGCAUGGAUGGAUCAAGAGGUGAAGAAAGCUCUAAAAAGACACUUUCACCACAAUCCCGAACAGAUGUUGAUUUGUGUUUAGUUACGUCUUGCGAAUACAGACAUCCUAAAACGGAACUGUCCCCCUCCUUUAUUAAUCCAAGCCCACUAGAGUUUUUUGCAAAUGAGGAUAAUUCUCAAGAAGAUGACAAACCUCUAACACAGUCUGGUGGAGGACAGCCCCCAUCUGGUGGACGGCACCAGGCAAAACAAUGUGAGGAAACUCCACCGACUUCUGUAAGUGAAUCUGCUCCUUCCCAGACAGAUUCUGAUGUUCCACCUGGGACAGAAGAAUGCCCAUCCAUCACUGCCGAUGCUAACAUUGACUCAGAAGAUGAUUCUGAGACUCUUCCAACAGACAGAACCCUAACAUACAGGCAUGCUGACCCCCCUCCAGUUCCUUUCCGAGACACAGCUCCUUCUCCCCCUCAUCCUGACGUCUGCAUGGUAGAUCCAGAAGCGCUACCAGCUGACCAAAACCUCGGAAAGCCUCUGAAGAAAGAAGGCAAAGAAAAGACCAAGAGCAAAAAGCAGGGGAGCAAGACCAAGCCCUCCUCACCAGCAAGAAAAAGUGAUAUCAAGUCUAAAACGUCCCCUGGGGUUGCAAAAACUAGCGCUUCCAAGGAAGCUUUAGACAAGAUGUCAAAAACAGCGUCUCCAAAGAAGAAAAACCCAUCUACAGCCAAAUCAAAUGUAAACACUGAGGUGAAGUGUGGUGAAGAAAAAGAUGCCAAGAAUGCUACCAACACCUCCGCUUCAAAAGGAACAAAAAGUGCGACCACUGGCUCAGGAAGUGGUAAGGCUGCAGUAGGAAAUUCUGUGCCCAACUGUCCUCCAGUGUACCUUGACCUGGUGUACAUCCCAAACCACUGCAGUGCCAAGAAUGUCGACUCUGAAUUUUUCAAGCGAGUCAGAUCAUCUUACUAUGUCGUAAGCGGGAACGACUUAACAGCUCAAGAGCCCAGCAAGGCUGUUCUGGACUCUCUGCUGGAAGGAAAGGCUCAGUGGGGAAAUAACAUGCAGGUCACACUGAUCCCAACCCAUGACUCAGAGGUCAUGCGAGAAUGGUACCAGCAAACUCACGAAAAGCAGCAGGACCUGAAUAUCAUGGUGCUAGCAAGCAGCAGCACCGUGGUCAUGCAAGAUGAAUCUUUCCCUGCUUGUAAGAUAGAACUGUGAUUCCUAAACCUUGAGCCUUGCAUUGAUUCUGCUUUCCUUUGUGAAAUCUUCAAUGUGAAAGAAACAAAAUGCAAUUGAAAUGAGCAAAUAUGAAAAAUCUUCCUAUCCCCCUCCAUAAAAGUGAAACACACUCUUGGUGAUGCAAGUCACAACUUAAUGCAGUCAUUAAUGAUCACUAAGGCACAUAUUCCCUAAGCAGGCUUCAAUCUACUGUAUUUCGUUUGAAAACACCAACAGACAUAGUAUUUUUUAAUGCAAUACUGUUUCUUUGCUGUUAAUCUAACCACAAUGCUCUAUGAUCAGGCUUGCCAAUGGAAAUAAGAGAUUUGGAGUUAAUUUGUGUCAGCAGUAGUUUGAAUCCUGUUGCUUGUAGAGGAAAAUGUUUUAACUCAUACACAGAAAUAACUCCCCAAGGCAUGCUCCCAGUAACACAGCUCCACCAGAAGUAAUUGUCUAUACUGUACUGCAAUAUAAUUAAAUCAUUAGAAACCUGCAUGUUCAGAAACAGUAAUGAUAUAUACAUAAUAAUUAACCAUUGGCUUUUACCCUGAAGCAUAGACCAAAGGACAAGGGAGUACACAUUUUAAAAAAUGCCUUAGAAAGUGACUUGAAUGUAAAAGAGAUACUUGAUGCACUUAUUUUUUAAUGUGAAACAGCAGGUGUAUGAGAUCAAAAUUGUUGCAAUUACAAAAAAAAAACAGUUGCUCAACAUCUUAAUUCAGGUCAUAAUUCAGAAAUCGGUAAAGAUGUAUGAGUGUGUAUUUAUACAUGUAAUAACAAUAUGGUUUAAAAAACAUCACUCACGGAGUGACUGUCUCACUAAACACAAACAACAAUAUUUCUAGGAUAAGACCUUUGAGAAUAUUGAUGAUGAAACUUCAUCUAGCAUGAAAGAGGUCAAGUUUUAUUCGUUCUUAAUUAAAGGGAGUACUUAAUGGAUAAUGUGAUUAAAAUGAUAGAAAUGUCUGGAAAUACAGUCCUUAUGAUGUUUACUUUUUGUUUCUUUUCUAAUGUUUCUAGAUCUGACUUUACUUUGGUAUUCUUAUUUUAUAAUAUGAUGGUAGAAGAAGUGCCAUAAAUAUUUAUUAAGUGAUAAAAUUUCACUGGCCACAUUUAUACAUGAAAAAGUACAUUUUUCUCAUCAAAAGGUUUUUUCAAUUUGUUUUUUAGUCAAAAACAGAUACCUGAUCACCACUCUUAACCUAAUAUUGUGCUGCAUUAAUUUGGAUAGAGCAUAAGAAACAGUAAUACUUGAGCCUUAUUUUUCCAGACUCCAAGUGUGUGGUGUAGGAUUUGUGGAAUGAGAGCAGUCUAGUUAGAUGUUGUUAUCCAUGUUUGUAGAUUAUAAACUUCUCAUUUGACUAUUUGCAGUAUUGCAUUUUCACAACUGUAUUACUUGAGUUUUCCUCUAUAUACUGUAGUAACCUCAUUUGAUUUUACAUGUCUUGUAUGUGUUUUUGAUUAUUUGCUGUAAGCAUAUGUUUUGCACUCAUAAUUUUGCACUUCAGUUUAUUUAAACCUUACAGUUUGGGACCAGUGAUUUUGCUUCUUCUAUAAAAGACAUUGAAGAUAAGCUAAUAUUUUGAACUCCCUUUGUCACUCACUGCCUUCAGCACCUUCUCCAAAAGAGAAGGAAAAUGUGAAAGUCCUUAAAACUGAAUUGUGUGUCUCAGCUUGUUAUAGAAGCUGUUAGUAAAACUAAAAUACACUAAAAUAUUCUCUAAUAAUUUCUCACUAGGUGAACAACGCCAAGCAGCUUCAUUAACGACAAACAUUUACAAGAACAGUGGAACGAAAGGAGGUCAGGGAGAAUUCUUUAUAGAUUUUAAUUAAACACAUUGAAUAUUCCAUUAUUUUGAAUCCCAUGAACAUUUUAAAGAGGCACACCUUUCUUUUCAGUUUCUCAGAUAAGGCCUCCAUGCUAAGUUUGCAACAGGUUGAGAAAAGCCGGCUUGAAUGUGGCAAGUUUGUUUGAUUUGUGAAACGAGAUGCUUUCCUAACUUAAGAAAGACGUUUGGGAUUUUUUAAUACUGUACUAUAAUUAUAAAUAACUUUUGUGAGAGGGUGAAUGGUUUAGCAACAUGUGCAUGUGUUUUCAGUGUAUUCCAGUUUUUUUUAGUUUUGGAAGGGAACAAAUGUUUAGAAAAGGACAACAAUGUGCGCACCCAUUUAGUGAAGAAAAAUGUAAAAGGUCAAAUGCCAGACAUCGUAAUUCAUCAGGACAGUGAGUUAUCAUUACUGGAUUUGGUUCAAAAUUUGAAAAAUACAUAAAUCCUCCAGAUGUCACCACUUGUUCAGGUUUAGAAAUGAUGUGCGCCUUGUACUUUAACAAAAAAAAAAAUCACUUCCUUUCUGGGGCAGGUGACUACCGUUGAGGAGAAUUAACAUUGCAGAUUACAGCCAGAACACUUGGUUGUCCUCAUGCCUCCUGACAUGAGGACAAGCAAAAGUAACAUCUUCCCACUUUCUAGCAGCUUGAAUCAUGAAAGUGCUACUGUCAGACUUUGAAUUUUGUAUAUAAAACUUGGGGUACAUAAUGCUUACUCAGAGAUGGGAUGCAGUUUGUAUAUGUGGUAAAAUAAUCACACUUUAACCUUUUUAUAUUAAAGGCUAAACUGCAAAGCGGGUUUUUACCCUAUGUCUAGAACAUAGAAGGUUUUAACCGCAUUUAUGUCUAACAGCCUGUGGUAACAAUACCUAAUGGAACACUGCACAUCCGACGUUCAGCUUCUAGAGGUUGUUCAGAAUUUAAAAUGCACAUACAACAACAGUCAAACUUUAUCCUGGAUUUGUCAAAAUAUCUGUGAUCAGCAAACUCCACUGAACUGCAGUUGGCCCUGUAUUGUGGCUUACAGGAAUACAACAUCAGUAACUAUAACCACACGCAUGAACAUCUUACCAGUUAACGCCUCAAGAAUACACUUGCCCGUGUUGACUUUGCUCUAAGAAUCAUCUCACACUUUCCUCUCUCCUCUUGGGUGAUUGUUAGUGUCUGUCAGCAGCUGUGUAUGGUAUUUGUCUUGUAAUCUUGCAUCAUUCUCUCCUUUCCAGUCAUAUCUAAUGUAGAGGUUAGUUUCCAGUGAAAGUGUUAAGUAGUGCUUUUCUGAUGUUUGUGUGCAAUAUCUCCUUCUCCCACUGAGGCAUUUGAUGUAAAGGGAACUACUCUAAAAAAAAAACAUCCACAAUAAACCCACUUGUGGAAACUCA